GCCAACCUGGUGCACUCCCAGGGGUCGGCGCGAUGGUUCUCGCUCCCAUCUCACCACUGUCGCUCCACGCGCCCGCGGUGGCGAUGCGUGCCGGCGCGCCCGUUAUGCCCGCCGAGCCGCCCACCUUUGACGAGAUGGUCGCCUCGAAGAAGCGGCUCAUCGACGCGCAUGCUGCGGACGUCGACGCCUCGCUCGAGUGGCUCGGCGCGACCCUGCGGGCCAAGGAGGCGCGCACGUGGGGCGACGCGCCGGGAGCCGACCUUUCGGUCUUCAACUCGCUCAAGCUGCCGGGCGACGUCGGCUUUGACCCGCUGAACCUCGCCGAGACGGAGGCGCACCUGCUUGCGUACCGCGAGGCGGAGAUCAAGCACGGGCGGCUGGCGAUGCUCGGCGUGGCCGGCUGGGUGGGGUCGGAGCUGCUGCACGAGCCGGCGGCGUAUCUCCUCGGCGCCCAGUCGAUGCUCGACCUCACGGACGGCCGCGCGCCAUCCGUCCUGAACGGAGGCCUCGGCCAGUUCGGCGGCGCCUUUUGGCUCGCAGCCGUUGGCGUCGCGGCGCUGCUCGAGAGCGCCACCGUGAAGGAGCAGUUUGAGGGCUGGCAGAGUGCGGACAAGGCGUGGAACUACUCGCCGGGCGACUACGGCUUCGACCCGCUCGACCUCCGCGGCGCGAUCGCCAAGUUCUGGGUGGAGCGCUCGGAUGUGGCGCCUGCGAGCGAGGCGGAGCGGAUGGAGCUGCUGGCAAACGUCAAGGCCAACAUCGACACGGCCGAGAUCACGCACGGGCGCGUGGCGAUGCUUGCCAUCACCGGCUUCGCGCUGCAGGAGGCCGUCUGGCACACCGCCGUCGUCGACCAGUCGCCCAUCUUUUUCGCGACGCCCGUCUACCACGGCAUCGCCUCGCUCUUCGGCGCGAUCCGCGGCGCCUUCUAGGGAGAGAGGCGCCCCGCGCUCCCCUCGGGCGCGCUCGCACCGCGCGGGCCAGUGACGGGCCGUGGGCUGUCUCCGUGCGCUCGUAUCUCGCCACAGAGGACUGAGCUGCCGACAGCCGAGAGCCGUGAGCCGAGCCUCGGAUGAUAGCUCUGUUAUCAUAUGUGUACAGCGCUCUCGCGUCGUUAAAAAAA